AACACUCCGAACAUGGUGUCAAAGUAUGCACGUUUCGAAAAUGUUGAGCAGAGUUUGUCCAACUGUUGUUGUGGUAUUAGGUGCAACGGGAGCCGGAAAAUCAAAACUGGCUCUUGAUAUAGCCACAAGAAUGAAUUCUGAAAUUAUAAGUGCUGAUUCUAUGCAGGUUUAUAAAGGUCUUGAUAUCAUUACGAACAAAGUAACUGCUGAAGAACUGAAAGUGUGUCCUCAUCAUCUGAUUGACUAUGUGAACCCCCUUAGCCGAUACACAGUUGUUGAUUUCCGCAACAAAGCAGUGCCUAUAAUUGACAAUAUACUAAAAAAUGAUAAACUGGCAAUUAUCGUUGGUGGGACGAAUUACUAUAUCGAAGCUCUAUUGUGGAAUAUGCUUCUUGAUCCUGUGGGAAUAUCAGCAGAUGACCUCCUAUUAGAUAGAGAUGAAAACAAGCACAUACAAAUUCGCAAACGAUCUCCUCCAGACGAUUUGGCACCAAUUAAAAAACAUCCGCGAAUAGAUUCACGCGAGACGAAGGAGACUGAAUCAGAUUUUUGUAAGAAUUCUAAAGAUGUUGAUACAAGUCAUGUUCAUGAGGGUAAUCAUUCAGACUUGUGCAUAGAGAAACAGGUUAAUGAUCUUUGGGGAAAAACAGGGGAAGAAGUAACAGCUACAGACAGUGUCAAAGAUACAACUUCCAAAGAUUUUAAUAAAAUUUCAAUUGAAAAUAAACUGUAUUCUACCUCUCAAGAGACUGUUGAAAGUCCAAAGACAGGUGUUGCUAUUUGUAACCCAAUAGUUUCAAGUCCAGAUUCAAGUUCAGGUGGCUCAAUUUUAAAUCGAGACGUCAAAAUCUUAAACCAAGAUCUUCAUAUAGAUGUGGAGAAACUUUCUAGUGAAGAGUUGCAUGACAUAUUAAAAGAUGUUGAUCCAGUAAUGGCAAAUAAACUGCAUCCAAACAAUCGUAGGAAAAUAAUCAGAAGUUUAAAAGUUAUGGAGCAACAUCACAUUCCACACAGUCAGCUGAUAGCCAGGCAGCAGGCAACAGAAGGGGGAGGUCCACUUGGUGGACCAUUACGCUAUCCCAAUGUUUGUAUAUUUUGGGUACAGUCUAACCAAACAGUUCUUGAUGAAAGACUUAAUAAGCGUGUUGACAGCAUGAUGGAUCGUGGUCUCCUACAGGAAUUGUCUGACUUCCAUGUGGAAUACAAUCAACAGAGAAUACAAGGAAACCAUUUAAAAGGUGAGCUAUAUUCACAUGGAAUAUUCCAGUCAAUAGGUUUCAAAGAGUUUCAUGAUUACCUGAUACUGUCAGAAGAGGAGAGGGAAACAGAAAGGGGACGGGAACUAAAAGAACUAGGGAUUGAGAAACUCAAACAGGUGACACGCAAGUAUGCGCGAAAGCAGUUACGCUGGAUCAACAACCGAUUUCUAAAGAGGCCUGGCGUGAACGUGCCACCUAUAUAUGGUUUGGAUGCAUCUGACCCAACAAACUGGAAUGAGAUGGUAGUAGAUCCAGCAGUGAGCAUUCUUAGUGAUGUAAUCAGAGGUACAGUGCCAACUGUGGAACCAUUAGCAUGUGAGAAGAGGUCGGAAGAUGAGCAAGAAAUCACUUUUGUAUGUAGUGUGUGCAACGAUCGUAUCAUUGUUGGAAAGCAACAAUGGAAAGCACAUUUGAAAUCUCGAGGCCAUUUGAAGAGGGCAAGGAAGGUCCGGAAGUACAAGGAAGAACUUGGAAGUUGAUGAAAAGAGGUUUUACUGAGCUACUGUACAAAAGCACAUUGUAUAUUUUCUUUUAUUAUAUGCGUGACAUUGAAUUCCGUCCUGAUUCUGUUUGGCAGUUACAAGCUAGUGGUCUAAUCCUGUGUAAGUGCUGGGAAGCUUUUAGCAUUUGUGAAGCAAUUUUUCCAAUUGUUUUUAAUCAUGAUGUAUCUUUUGUGUAUUUUUUUUUUUUUGUCUGAAUACUGCAGUCAUCUGCCAACUCUUCUUCUUUUGCUUGAGCAUGGUAUUUUUAUAUUAAAUAAGGAUCUGACUUUACCAAAAGUUGGGUAGUUUUUUUCAUCAUCAAGUUACAGUAGCUGUAAGUAAGCGCCAGUGAGGUGCAGGGUGGCUUAAGGUCGGCAACAUUUAGUCCAGUGUUUUAUAUCCUUCAAUUCCGUGCUUCCGAUUAGCCACCAGUUUUCGACACUGGUUGCUAUUAGUAUGAUUUUUAAGAUUUUAGUAAUGUAGUUUUUGUUGGAGGCUUGUAAUGCUUGACUUGUAAAGAGUACAAACGAUAUUAUUUGUAAUACUCAAAAAAUAGCUCAUCUGUGUUCGAAUGUAAUAAAAGUUGAAGCUUUUGAUCACAACACAACAAAAUUUCCUACCGUGAAAUUUUUAACCGUAUAUCACUUUCUUCCUCAACACACUGACUGGAAUGUGAUGUGAAAGCUACACCGAUUCAGGGCACGUGAUCUUACGAACAUGUGACUCUAAAAUCGGAUCGUAGAUCUUUGGUAGCUUGUGUCUGUCUCGGUUCAGCGUUGGUAUGAACCUAGAGGUUAUAUUAUUUGUGUCAAUAAACUCAACUUUAUUGUCUGACAAAGGAAAUCUGAGAAUAAUUUCAUUGCAUAAGAAUGGUACAAACAACUUUACUUAAUUACAUUACAUUGCAUGGAGAUAGAGAUUGGAGGUGAAUGCAUAUGCUGUAGACAAAAAGAUAUAAGAAGUUUGCAUGUAAAAUCAAUUGCAUAUUAUACUUCAUGAGAAUGCCUCCACAUGGAGUUUAAACAACAGGAUAUAAUUUGUGCAGACAUGAAACCAUUUUGAAAUUCAAAUUAACAAAUUUUCAUUUCUGUUAUGCCAAGAAUGGAUAAUAAUAGAAACAGGAUGCUUCAAACCUUAUCAAGCCUCCUAUACUAAUGGAUAUUUUUUUAAUUAAACAAGGCCAUCUGAAAUGUUUGAGUUAUAUUACCAAUAAUGAAUUCAACAGUAAUUUAUUAAAGAUGUCCGUCAUUGUGUUGUUUGCCUACUUUUUAUAUUAAAGUUGUUAGCUUUUUAAUUGAAAAUGCUAUAUUACAAUUCUCAUAAAAAGCCAGCUACUGUAAUAAUAUUAAGAAUAAUAUAGUGAAACUUUUAGAUAUCAUUCUGUUAAACAUUCGAUAUAAAUUUGCUUCUUGUACUUAAUCCUUCAUAAUAAGGUUACACUUGCCUAAAGUCAACUUUGCCUAACUCGAAUAAUUUCUAAGUCGAUCACAUUUUACAUGAAAAUUGUUGUGUUUUCCAUUAUUUAACAAUCUUUCAAUGCCAUUUUGAAUUCGAAGGCGAGGCAAUAUCAACUGUUAUUUUUUAUUUUCAUUAAAAAAUUUUUAUAUAUUUGAUUGAGUACCCAGAAAAAAAAGAUUUCUAUCUAGGUCAAUUGAAUUAUUAUUUAUUUUUUAUUGUUUUUUUUUUUCUAAUUUUAUAUUUGUAGUUUAAAAGGGAACUAGAAAGAUGAUUUUUUUUAGAAGGGAUUUUAGAUAAUUAUGUCAUUAGCAAUAAAAUCAACCUUAAAAUCGUUUUUUUGGCAAUUUUUUAUGAAGUUAUAGGCCAUUAUGAUUUUCCCUCCUUAGCAGCGUGACGUCAGUGUAAGGUACUGUAUAUUUUAAAGUUGACUCUAUUACUAGUGACAUAUCAAAAAUCCCCUCUAGAAAAAAAAAUCAUAUUUCUAGUUCCUUUUUAAGGUAAAUAGUACAUAAUGGGUCAUUUGCAUGGUU